GAAGGCUCCUGGUACGAACCACCCUACUGCCGUGACUACACCCUGUCUGCGGAAGAACAAAUUGAAGCAAACAAGGUGGAAAUUCGAGAACGAGCAAAACUUCUCGAAUCAGUCUGGAAGGAAAAGGAGUUCGAACGGAGAUUAUGCGAAGGAUCAGAAAUGAUGCAGAAAAUGUUGGACGACUUUCAAAGAGAGAGACUAGAAGCUGAGGCUAAAGCUGAUAAAUUAGUCAAUGAUCUCUGCAAGGAUGUUGAACUUAAACGCUCCCUCCAAUCUCAAGAUCAAAUGAGGGAGAUUAAUGUUCAAAAAGAGGCUCUAGAACCUAAGACCAACCCUGAACCCAUCAACCAACAAGUUCCGGUUCUAGAAGAUUCACCCAGUUUUACACCAUCACAGAAAUCCGAGAGCAUAAAAACUCUCUCUAGGGCUACUGUGGUGAUGUUACCCGAAUACCCUCCAAGCCAAGUCUCAACCAGCAUAGUCGUACAUAGAGGUCUAGUCGUACACAAGGUGGAACCAACUGAGGAACCUGACUCAGAACCACCUAUGCUUAUUCAAGAACAGAAGGAGGAGAAAGUUUUGCCUAUGGCAAUAAACGACCUUCUCCUUAAUUGUGUUGAAGACACACCUCCAGAGGAACCUGUUCUGGAGGAGAUAGAGCCCACUACCUACCCCCAAGAUUCCAACGUUCAAGAUUCUAAGGAGGAAUCUAUAGACGAAGAAAUACCUAGCACAGAGGAACCAAUAACGUCUAUAGAUAAUCAUGCUUCAUCAGAAGACUUAGACCAAACUUUCUUUGACUCCCUACUUGACGGGUAUGACUUUGUCUGCCCGAAGGAUAGUUGGAGCCAAAAGAGUUGGGAUGAACUUCUGGUAAGUGACACUGAAGACUCAUCCAUGGGGCCAUGGGGGAAAGCAUGGUCGUAAUCAUCAAACCACAAAUGGAUAGUCAGCCAAUUUAAGAUAAGGAAGGCAUCAAUUUCGAAAACAAGGCUAAUGAUGUGGAUCAACUGAGGAGACUUCCGCCACCACCCACCUAUACAAAGUCUCCUCCAUAUAUCAUGUUGCCGCCAAGCCGCAGGAAUGAGUCAAGGAUCCUGGACCUUGACCGAGCAAAAAUUCAAACAGGGUGGCAUCAGAAGAGAAGGGCCAAACUUUAUGACUCUCGGAUCGGAAAGUCGCGGAAAAAGUGGGUGAGCGUCAAGCUACGGACGUUAAUGAAGCGCUUAACGGGAG